AUGAGCGAUGCCAUGUAUAUCACGACUCGCGUUCCGGAGGAGCAAGUUGCAAGGACAGUUAAAUUUGGCCGUGAUGGAGAGCCCAUAAGUGACACGCCCGCCUCCCACCCGAUUGGAACAACCGUUCGUGUCUGCGAUUUUCUAAAAUCGUUACCUGUGAGGAGACAAGAAGCAGAGAAAAAAUCGACAAAAUCCAUUCUCGCUAUAAAGAAGCUCCUUCGGGGAUAUGCUAUAGCAAGGCCAAAAACACGUUUGUCGAUGAGAGUAUUGAAAUCCAAAGAGAAGGACUGGGUUUAUGCGCCUAGCCAAAAACCCUCCGUACCUGAUGCAAUCCUCCAAGUUAUUGGCUCUACGGUGAUUUCAAGCUGUAUUUCCUCGAACGCUUCCUAUCCAAUUCCGGGAGAAAAAGACAGUCCAGACUCCAUGGUGGAAAACUACGAUACCCCCACUAUCCACAUGUCUGUCAUUGUACCUAAACCUGAAGCAGAAUGUAUGGCCAGAAUUAACCACAAAGGGCAAUUUGUCAUUGUUGAUGCCCGCCCGCUUCUGACCUGCAUGGGCUUUGGUAAGGAAGUGUUUAAACUCUUCAAAUCAUAUUACAAAAAGGCCAUAGAUUACAAUAUACUUGAAGAUCCCUUCAUGUUUUUAUCCUUGGAUUGUCCUCCCGGCAUAUAUGAUGCGAACAUCGAACCUUCUAAGGAUGACAUUUUGUUCGAAGAUAAUCAGGCAGUCCUCCAGAUAAUCGAGAGCGUUUUCAUGGGUAUCUACAGUCUUGAAACUUCUACCAUUAUACCCACUCCUGAUACCCGGCAGAGUUAUUCUAGUAACCAGUUAACCAUUGACAUUAGUAGUCCAGCAUCUACUAAAAACUGCGGUCGUUUCCGCCCUAAUAAAACACUUACGCCUACCGUUAAUCCAUGGACACUAUCUCUUGCUUCCCAGCGACUACGUGAUCCGGAAUCUCAGCUUUUAACUCCGCAGCGCGAAACCCAGGCUCCACAAAAGAAUAUACUCCCAAGAAGUCCAAACAUUAGGGCGAAAAAUAGCAGAAUCUCCAUGCGGCAAGCUACACUCAGUCUGCAUGGCAAUGGUAGGGUGUCACUAUUCAAUACACAGAGCCGACAACGAAAAAGGAAUGGCUCGCCUAGAAUGGCGACCCCACCACAAGUGCCUGCACCCAAUAUCCCCCGCAGUAUUGAGGCUUCCUUACAGACAGCAGAGGGAAAUUCAACCAGAGGAAAUGAGGGAACGUAUGUAAUACGGCCCGCCCCCCAGGUACCGCCACUUUUAAGGACCUGUUCUGCAGCCACACGCCGACAGGAACCUAUAGCUGUUACUUUUCCCAGAUCUAACGAUCCAAUACCCCCAAACCCACGCUCUAUAAGCGAAGUAUUACGUCGCAAUCAUGGGAGUGACCACGAAAACUCGGGCUAUUGUGAAAUACGUCCCUACAGAUUAAAUGUUCCUAGCGGCUCACAGCUACACGCAGUUUCGACUAAUCUUAAAUCCAAAUUUCAACCUGGUCUAAACCAAAAAUUUAACGACCUAACCAGCUACGGGAAGAAUAACUUUUCUAUAGAAAUGAUUCGAGAUCAAGAUAAACCUCCGAUGGAAUGCAUGCCAUCAAUGGACCCAGUGUAUGAAACAACAAUACCUAAUGGCGGUGAAAUCAUACAGCUGGCAGAUUCAAUCAAACGACUGGUUAAUACGGACCAAUAUGUGAAGUCAGGGUCUCUCAUGGCAGCAUUCUCGCCGGUCGAUUCAACAAGUAGCAUUAGCUACUGGACCAACGAGCUUCAUAAUCUGGCCAAAAAGCCCUCGUUCCAACGCCAGUUGAGGCAACUAUCAUUCCUAACUCCGGGCAAUCCAUCCAAAUGAAAACCCCAUACAGUAUGUGCAUACUAUUGUUAUAUAUAGAGGUCUAUAGCAUACAGCUACAUUAUGAAGACGUGAUGAGGGGGCAGCAUAUCAUAAGACUUGUUCUAUUAAUUGGCAAUGAUUGGUCCCUGACUGUAAUAACAACAUAUCGCAUGAACCCUGGUUAAAGCCAACGUUUACUAAGUGCAGGGCGCUUAAACCUCCCUGGGUGUAAUGGGCGCUUAAGCGUGGUCAGCAAAAGCACACCCCUUGCCAGGGGCGGCGUAGAAUACACAUAAAUCCCCCCAGUUUCCUCUACACAUUUAAACUAUUCUUCCUUAUUUCCGAGCCAGGUCACUGAACAGAUUCCAAGUUUUGAUCUCACUAUUUCAAUGUCACAAUAUCUCCCUUACCCACGAUAGCUUCAACGACACCACCGGCCACAGCUACGGCUACGAUCCCAACACCGGCUUCUACC